AUGGUCAUACGGCCACGGAUACAGAAUCAAGCAGAGAUAUUGUUGCGACGCCAGUGCGAACCAGUACAACAUGAGCGUGGACCGAGAAAACCGAAACCACCACAUUCGAUCUUUUCGGAGAAGCAACAACAUCAGCAACAACAGUCACCGAUAGUUACACAAAGGACAGGACUUCGUUCUGCUUAUGUUCUUUCACAUCAUAGGUUCAGGUGCGAGCAAAGAUUCACACCUUAUCCUAGACCAAUAGGACUUGCACACAAACCACCGGAAGAGUCAACAUCUCCAGUACCUUUAACUCAGCCACAGCACCCUCCUACGACAACAACUCUCUAUCAAGCAGCAGCAGCAGCAGCAGCUACAACUGUCUCUCUUGCUCCGCAACAAUCCCUCUUACAGAUCCUGAUAUCUGCUGAGAAGUGUCAGGAACUUGUAUGGAGUACUAGGCUACAAUCGGAAACGGAAUAUUCGUUAGAACAAACGGAUUCUGAGACGAGGCAUAGUCCGACGGGAACCUUGAAGAUUAUUGGUCCAAGUUGGGAAAUGUUCGAGGAGAUCACCGCCAGGCUUCUUUUCAUGGUCGUGAGAUGGGUCAGAUGCUUGCCACCCUUUCAAGCCCUACCAAAGGACGAUCAAUUACUUUUACUCGAACGAUCCUGGACUCAACUUUUUCUUCUACAUCUUGCUCAAUGGAUGAUACCUUGGGAUGUGACAACUUUACUCGACGAUGAACAAGUUAAAAGUCGACUUCCGGUUAAUGACGUUGCUACCAGCCAAGAGUUGGGUAUGAUACAGUCAAUAAUAUAUCGUUUCCGGCGCUUAGCACCUGACGUCUACGAACGUAGCUGUAUAAAAGCCCUAACACUUUUCAUACCAGAAACAGUUGGGCUUCAUGUGGUACAACCCAUUGAGAUGCUACAGGAACAAGUGCAAUGUAUCUUAGAUGAUUAUAUGAGAUCAAGAUAUUCACCACAGGGUAGAAUCUGUAGUCUGAUGCUGUUGGUUGGUUAUCUAAGAAGUGUUUCCUCGAAAACUGUCGAACGUUUGUUUUUUCACGAGACUAUUGGUGAAAUUCCAAUAUCACGUUUAUUGGUUAAUAUGUAUGAGAUGGAGGAAAGGCAAAUCGAAGUGCAGUAAUUUUGAGAUAAAUUAUU